AUGGAUUUGAACGAUUGGCUUCUUGAUACAGAAUCAUCUUUUCUGCACGAUAAUGAACAACAACCCUCGAACACAGGCCAUGAAGCUAAUCUUACAACAACACCAACAACAGCACCCACCCUUGAUAUAAACGCGUUGUUGGGUGAGCUUGCUACAGCCAACGACUGGCAAGUGGGUAGCAACCUACCACUUUCAUCGUUGCCCUCUUCAAGUGCAAGCACUUCAGGACAAAGCAAUACCACUGGUAGCAGUCCUUCUUCUCGAGAUCGUGGCGUAUCACCAUCUACACCCGGCAAGGAUGACGAUGAUGAUGAAACACAAAACAACAGCAACUCCAGCAGCAGCAAGCAACAACAACUUGCUAAAAUGACAGGACGACUUGAUUUUAGAUCGAGCAUUGUAUCAGGAGCAGCAACGGAAGUACCUGAAGCACAAUGGCGAAACAUGUCAUCCAAAGACCGUCGUAAACUACGAAACAAAAUCUCAGCUCGUAACUCACGCCAAAAAGCAAAAGGCUACAUUACAUCGCUUGAGCAAGAGGUGGAACAGCUCAAAGCCGACAAAGGUGAAAUGGCUGUCGAGUUGAAGCGAGUACAAGAAUUAGUGACUCAGCUGCUGCAAGAAAAUGAGCAACUGAAACAAUUGCACCAGCAAAUCAUGGCAAGCAGCACCAGCCCACCAACCGAUUUGUUUGCACCCAACGCAUUUGAUGAGCUAUCCAUGCCUUUGAUGACUACCUGGUUAUCACAUACAAGCAUGCCACGAUGGGAUUUACCUCGUCUCAUGUCACUUUCCAAAGAUACCGAUCCAAACGCCCAACAAUAUGCAGCUUGGCUCUUUCAACGCUAUCCAUUACUCGCUCCUGCUCUCAUGUCGAUGGUUAUUGAUCAAACCAUGACGCCUGCAGAAUUACUCAUAUCCACUCUUGACAAUGUUAUCCAGCAAAAGGAAGCCGAUCUGGAUCAUAAAUCAGCUCCCACCAAAACCAUCAAGGAUGAGAAGAAGGAUGAAGAAGACGAAGAAGAAGAAAAAGUCAAAUCGAAAAAGACAAAGAAAAGGUGUGAAUACAGAUGCCGUAAACGAGAAAAGGAACGCAAUAGCAUCGAGGAUGGUGAUGGUUGCGAUGAUGGAUCAAGGCGACGCAAGAACAUCUUUUGUACCGUAUUUGAGCUAUAUCAAAACACCUUCCAGUACAUGAUGAAUAAUACCAGGCAGCGCCUGUCAUUCAUGUGUGAUGCCAAACAUCGCCUUAUUGAAAUGUCAACAGCAACAGCAAAAGAAGUCUUAUCACGUCAAACGGAUACUUUACCACCCGCCUCCUCCUCUUCCGCCACCUCCCCUACCACCACUACCACUACUACACAGGUCUAA